AUGUGUCGAAUAGAUUAUACUCUGGGUAAGACUGGAAUCUGCUAUAAAGUGUACAUAAUUGCUAAAAACCAAGAGGACGCCAGCAAACAGUGCAAAGCAGAUGGUGGAUAUCUAAUAAACGUUGACACAGAUGUGAAAUAUGGCAAUGUGAAGAAUUUAUCGGGAUUUCCCACUACAUAUACUUACAUCGGUGGACGACGCAAAGACACAAACUCUCCAUGGAUGUUUGAACAUGGCUCUACAAGCGGAUACUUUAAGUGGGCAUCUGAGGAAGCGGACAAUAGAUCAAAUGAACUAUGUUUGGUUUUAAACGGAAGUGAUAAACUUAUGUAUGAUUCAUCCUGUUCGCUAUCAAGGCCUUUCGUUUGUGAACUUAAUGUUUGA